AUGGCUGUAGAUGCAUUAGUAGAAUGUGUACCAAAUUUUUCAGAAGGUAGAGAUCAAUCAAUUAUUGAUGCUAUUUCAAAAUCAAUUAGAGAUACACCAGGUUGCACUUUAUUAGAUGUUGAUCCAGGUAAAUCAACUAAUCGUACUGUAUAUACCUUUGUAGGUUGUCCAAAAUCAAUUGUUGAUGGUGCUGUAAAUGCUGCUAAAACUGCAUUUAAACUUAUUGAUAUGACCAAACAUCAUGGUGAACAUCCAAGAAUGGGUGCUUUAGAUGUUUGUCCAUUUGUACCAAUUAGAAAUGCAACAAUGGAAGAUUGUGUUAAUUGUGCCAAGGAAUUUGGUAAAAGAAUUUCAGAAGAAAUUGGUGUUCCAAUCUUUUUAUAUGAAGAAGCAUCAACUCAAGCAUAUCGUAAACAAUUAAAACAAAUUAGAUCAGGUGAAUAUGAAGGAUUAGAAGAAAAAUUAAAAGAUCCAAAAUGGGCACCAGAUUUUGGACCAGCCAAAUUUGUUCCAUCCUAUGGUGCAUCAGUUACUGGUGCACGUUCAUUUUUAAUUGCAUACAAUGUUAAUAUUUUAGGAACAAAAGAACAAGCCCAUCGUAUUGCAUUAAACGUACGUGAAGCUGGUAGAAGUGACAAUGAACCAGGAAGAUUAAAAUUCUUAAAGGGUAUUGGAUGGUAUGUCGAUGAAUAUAAAAUGGCACAAGUUUCAAUGAAUCUUGAUAACUAUCUUGUUACACCACCACACAUGGUCUUUGAAGAGUGUUCAAAAGAUGCCCGUGAACUUAACCUUGGUGUUGCUGGUUCCGAAAUCGUUGGUCUUGUUCCAUUAGAAGCUAUUUUGAUGGCCGCUGACUACUAUAUCCAAAAAGAAAACUUAUUCAUCAUUGAUGAAUCAUUAAAAGUUCGUCUAGCCAUCGAAAGAUUAGGUUUAUCCUCAUGCUCUUACUUUGACCCAAAGAAAAGAAUUAUUGACUAUAUGGUACAAGAAGAUCUUGCUGUUACUCAACCAUUAGCUUCAAUGACCCUCAAAGGUUUCAUUGAAAUUUUAGGUAGUAGAACCCCAGCUCCAGGUGGUGGCUCUGCCUCAGCUGUUAUUGCCGCUAUGGGUGCUGGUUUAGGUGCUAUGACUGGUUGGAUGACAUUUGGUAAAAAGAAAUUUGAAGCUCUUGAUUCAGUUAUGAGAGAAUUAAUUCCACCACUUGACAAAGCCAUGAGAGAUCUUAUUCCAUAUAUUGAUGCCGAUACAAAUGCUUUCAACGAUUACAUUAAAGCUAUGGGUUUACCAAAGGGUCCAGUUAGAGACGAAGCUAUGGACAAAGCUUUAAAACAAGCUAUUAAUGUUCCAUUAUCAACUAUGAAAAUCGCAAGUCGUUGUUGGGAACCAAUGAUUAAAAUGGCUCAUCAUGGUAAUAUCGCUUCAAAGAGUGAUUUAGAAGUUGGUGCUAAAUCUUUAGAAACUGGUAUUUGGGGUGCUUAUCGUAAUGUCACUAUUAACUUAAAAGAUUGCAAAGAUCCAAAAUAUGUUGAAUCAACAACUGCUGAAGCUAAUGCCAUUAUUGAAAAUGCUAAUCAAUCUCUAAAGAAAAUUUUAGAAAUUUUAGAAAAUAGAAAAGAUUAAAAUAAAAUAUAAUAAUUUAAAUUU